CAUAUAUGGAGAAAUCCAUUUCUUAAAACUUGUGAUGACUUCAUGUUCUGCUUUCAGACUUCUCAAAACUGAAGUCUUAUGUUUUGUAAAGCUGCCUGUAAAGACAGAGGGGGAUGGAUAGUAGCUUAGUGGCAGAGCACUUGCCUAGCACAGACAGGACCCUGGGUUCAACCCCUAGCAUGGGGGAGAAAAAAACAGCUAAAAACUGGAGAGAAUUGAGCACACUAUCAGAAACCCGAGACUCUGGAUUCUAGGUCCAGACCAGCCUGAGGGAACAUGCAGCUGGUCCUUGCUUCCAUGGUCUGGAUGGCUUCUGCAGUCUCCACUUCUCGAUAUACAGCAAGCACUUUGCCAGAUAUCGAAAAUGAAGAUUUCAUCAAAGAGUGUGUUCAAAUUCAUAACAAGUUUCGCUCAAAAGUGAAUCCAACAGCCAGGAAAAUGCUACACAUGUCUUGGGAUCCAGCACUAGCCAAAAUCGCAAAAGCAUGGGCAAAAGUUUGUCAGUUUAAACACAACCCACAGCUGAAGUCAAGGCUGCACCCAAACUUCACUGCAGUGGGAGAAAAUAUCUGGAACGGACCUUUAAUCCUCUUCUCAGUGUCUUCAGCCAUCUUCCAAUGGUACGAUGAAAUCAAGGACUAUGACUUCAACACCAGGAAAUGCAAAAAGGUCUGUGGCCACUACACUCAGGUUGUUUGGGCAGAUAGUUACAAGGUUGGCUGUGCAGUGCAAUUUUGUCCUAGAGAUGGAGCACAUUUUAUAUGCAACUAUGGACCUGCAGGAAAUUACCCAACUUGGCCAUAUGAGAGAGGAGCCGUUUGCAGUGACUGCCCAAAAGAUGACAUGUGCCUGAACAAGCUAUGCAUUAAUCCAAGACGGGAUCAAGUCACACGUUACUACUCUGUUGACUAUCCAGAAUGGCCCAUAUAUCUACGAAACAGAUACACGUCUCUCUUUCUCAUUGUUAGGUCAAUAGUUCUAAUACUGUCUGUUAUAAUUGCCAUUUUUGUAAAGCACAAAUAUCCUAAUUUAGUUAUUUUGGACAAAAACAGUGGGGGUAGGUGAGAGAGGCAACUUACUCAUAUGUGGGUUUUAUUUUUUUUUAAACAACCGGGCAAUUUCUGUUUUUCAAAUGUUUCAGAAAAAUGUUUCAAUAAAGCCUUAGUCAAAAGAA